AUGAGAAAGAGAAAAGAGAUCGAAUAUGUUGUUUCUGAGCGAAUAGUCAAGCAAUAUUUCGUUAAGUACAAAGAUCAGCAUCCGGAAAAAAAUAAAUGGGUAUAUCAAAAUGAGAUUCCGCAAGAAAUAUUUGAAAAAUAUCUAGAAACGAAGAAAACAGAAAAUAUUGAUGAAAUGUUACGCUGUACUCGAAUUGUUCAUGUUGUUGAUCAAGAUAAAAAAGAAUUUUAUCUUGAAUUUUCAAAAAAAAAUCAAAUUCAUCACAUAUUAAACAAGAAUCUAGAUGAAGAACAUCAAAAGGCUUAUAUAGAUUAUCUUGAAAGUUUACUCAAACUUGAAAUAAAAAAUAAAAAUUAA